AUGGCACAGAACGUCGACGCAGCUUCGCUGGCGUCUUCUGGCCUAGAGCAGCACGACGCGCUGCGUGCGCUGGACCGCUCUCCCCAUCCCUAUCACCACCAGAGCUCCGAGCUGCCGCAUUUGUCGGAGCGUUUUACCACGCACACCCUGGCCCGCGACGGUCGUGACCAUGGGGCGCACCUGACGCUGACGCGUCUUGCCGACUUCUCCAAAGAAUCUUCGCCUGCGACUGAGAGCGGCACCGAGGCCGAUGAUGAACACUUUCUCAAGGGCCUUCCAGCACCAAAGAGCAGGCUACACAAAGGAUUGAGAGACUACGAUGAACCCAUAUCAGGGCUUACAACGCCUGUGCCGUCCCCAGCUGCCCUGGAUGACGAUUAUCUGGGGGCUACAUCACACAAAUCUCGUCCCCAGUUGGGACAGCCUAAGAAACGCCGGCUCGGUCUUUUGCGACGAAAUAGGAUUCUGGUGCAACGGGUAACCGAGGCGAGUAUUGUGGCAUCGCUAGGAUGCAUGGUUGUGACGAGUAGCCACGUCGCCCCCUUAUUUCGUGUCUGGAGAAGAGGGUUUGUAUGCGACGAAAGUCCCUACGAGACGGCAUCAUCGGGUGAUGACGAGGAUGAUAUAUCAAGCUUCCGGGGUCUACUACGAGUCCAAACCCUUGGUCCCAAUGCCGAUAUCACCAGCACCAAACAGUCUAUUGGCGCUUCUGGCGUAACGCCACCCAACGGCGCCAGCGCUGUCGUACGGAAAUGGGCUUAUGCAGCCUAUGUGUACGCUGCUCUUGUUGGAAUCAUACUCGUCGGCGUGCGAAUCUAUGUCGAGAAGUUUGCCCUGGAUGGUCACGAACCGAUCGGCUGGGCUCUGGGAUACAUGUUUGGCAAUAUACCCUGGUUCAGAUUCCAGGUUGUUCAUGCCAAUGUCGAGCGAUGGAUUUGCCUUCCAGCGACUGACGGCGCCAAAGAAUGCCAUCUCGGUUGGGUUCAACAUCUUCGCCAUGAUACCUUUGGCGAGGCGAACACUCGCCUCAUCCUCAGCGCGUAUUGGUUCGCUAUUCUCGUCUUUGGUCUAGUUGUCGUAUUCAGGCUCAAGGAGAUGUACGAGGUCGACACCAGGCGAAAGGUGUUUCACUUUAUGAUGGUGGGAAUGUUUCUUCCCGCCGUAUACGUUGACCCAACGUAUGCUGGUCUUGCACUGUCGCUCAUCCUUGCCGUGUUCUUGAUUCUCGAUCUUCUCAGAGCAAGUCAACUGCCGCCGCUGUCCAAACCCAUUGCCUCAUUUCUGGCCCCCUACGUCGACGGCAGAGACUUUCGCGGCCCUGUUGUCAUCUCUCACAUCUUCCUGCUCAUUGGCUGCGCAAUCCCCCUCUGGCUUGCGCUGGCUGCACUCUCCCGCGCGGGAACAGGCUGCUUAUCAGGCUGGGAAGUACCAACACGCGAUGUCAGCAUGGUGUCGGGCGUCAUAUGCGUUGGCCUCGGCGACGCUGCAGCUUCACUUCUUGGGCGUCGCUAUGGACACCGCAAGUGGCUCUGGGGCGGAGGGAAGAGUCUCGAAGGGAGCCUUGCGUUCGCUGUUGUCGUGUUUGCUGGACUGGCGGCCGCGGAGAUGUGGUUGCGCAUUGGAGGGUGGCCGACGACGGAUGAACCGGUCGGAUGGCAUGUCAGCGUCAGGAAUGCGGGCAUCUGCGCGACGAUGGGGAGUCUUACCGAGGCGGUCUUGACUGGGGGUAACGAUAAUGUAAUUGUUCCGGUCAUUUUGUGGACAUGCGUGAAAAGUCUAGGCUCAUAG